UUAUUUUACAAAUACUAAAUUCUCUCUCACGAGUAUAACAUGUAGACACGUCUUUUCUCAAAUUAAAUUAAACCUUGUACAACUAUAAAUACAAACAACCUUCUUUGUUUUUUCACUCUUUAUUUUAUUUUCCUCUCUUCAACUUCUCAUUCAUUUGUAGAUACAAUCAGGUGAAGAUGAGUACAGCAAUAACUCAUAGUCCGGCAAAUCAAGACCGUCCAUUACUUCUACACCCACCUUCACAACAACCGUCCGAUCAAAGAAGAAUCAGAACUCUUCUUGAUCUUCUCACCGUCGAGAAAAUGGACGGUGUAGAUCGCACCAUGAGACGAGAAGAUGGAAGUAAUAACAGCCGUUGGAAGAUUCUAAGGGAACGGCUAGGAUUUAACGGCAUCGGUUGCUGUGGUGUCGCCACGUGGCGGUGCGAGGAGAAUAAUAAUAAUUCCUCUCCACUAGAGGAAGAAAACGGCGUCGUACAAGAAGAGUUUGAGACACGUCAGCAAGUGGGACCCGCUGAAAGAGGGAUGAAUUUGGGUGCUGCGUUGGCCGCAGAGAGGGAAUUCCGUGCGGCCGAGAGCACCGGAAGUUACGGUGCGACCGUGCGAAAUAAUAACAUUAACAAUAUUAACAAUAAUAAUGUUGAUAUUAAUAAUGAUGAAACGACGCCGUAUAAUGGUGGAACGACGCCGUUGAGGGUGUCGUUGAUGAGAUUAUUGGAGGAGACAACGGACGGUCGAGGUUUAGAGAGAGAAAGAUCGAAGGGUGGGGAAAGAGAGGGAAAUAAUAAUGAAGGGAGUGAUACGGUGUGUUGCGUGUGCAUGGAAAGGAAGAAAGGAGCUGCGUUAAUACCAUGUGGUCAUACGUAUUGUAGGGUGUGUUCUAGGGAGUUAUGGCUUAAUCGAGGUUCUUGUCCCCUUUGCAACCGUCGAAUUCUCGAGAUCCUCGAUAUUUUCUGAUCUCGAGUUUUCAUACUCUCCUGUUUUUUUUAAGUGUUACACUUUUUUUGUGAUUAAUGAAUAUACAGUAGUCGGGAUUACGAGUAGUAUUCAUUGCUAUGCAAUCCUAGGAUCCUUGUGAUUAUUGAUCUCGAGUUUUGUAUAAAUAUGUCAUUUUAUGAUUGGUAGGGAUUACUAGUGAAAAAUGAUAUACUCAUGUGGGAAACAAAGGAAAGCAAAGCAAAGUGAGGUGGGUGUUCAACUUUAGUGUCACUUUCUUUUGCUUUUGUUGAAUUCUUUGGUUCAAGAUUUAUGAGGUGUAAAUCAUAUAUAUUUGUAUGUGAUUUUGAUUUGUUCCUUGUGUGAAA